CAGCAAACUCGACGCUUAUCUUUCAGAGACCAAGCAACUCCAAAAAUCAAGAGAAGCUCGAAGCCACAACCGAUCCACCAUUGAUUUCUGCAACGACGGUGAACCGUGAGCCGCUUCUCUCUGCAUAGGCAUAGCGUUUAUUUUAAGUUUGUGCAUCAAUAAGGGUACUCGAGCAGGAAGGAAGGGUUGGAGUCUUGAAGACCAGAGAGCAAAGAAGCUAAGUGAGGAACAGAAAGGGUACUCUCUGCAUAGCGUUUAUUUUUCUGGUCCGUUCGAUUUUCUCACGGCAUCAGCACAUCCCCCCGGCCCCCCUCUCCACAACCGUGAACCGCUUUUCACAGAACAAGACAACCCAGGAAUGAGUCGUUUGCAAGGAUCUUCUUCCCUUAAAAGGAAACGACAAGACUUGGCUUUAGUUUCCGGGUCUUUGACUGACGGAGAACGCAUACUCUAUAAUCUCAUUCAUAGCAAGAAAGACAUGGGGAUCUGGACAGGAGACAUGAAACGAGAAACAAACCUCCCUGAUAACGUGGUCAAAAAAUCCCUUAAGUUGCUUCAGUCAAAGAAUCUGAUAAAGGAGGUUGUUAAUAUUCAAAACAAAGGGAGAAAGCACUACAUGGCAUCAGAGUUUGAACCCUCCAAGGAAAUCACCGGUGGGGAUUGGUAUACUGAAGGGAGUCUUGAUACAGAGUUCAUAAACCUUGUAAAGGAUGUGUGCAUGAGAUACAUUUUCAGGCAGAAAGUUGCCACACGUGAAGGAGUUUUAGAGUGGAGCAGAAAGAGUGGGGUCUUCGCUGUUGAAGUCACCACACAGCAAAUAGAAGAGAUUUUACGAACUUUGGUUUUGGAUGAUGAAAUCAUUGAGGUGACGAGCACUGGAUUUGGAGAUUUUGCAUCUGUUCCUGUUGGCAGAAUUUGUUAUAGAUGCAAAAACAAGGGUGGCGUUAGAGGGGAACAGAAACCUGGUGCCAUGGCUUCCAUUCCAUGCGGAGUUUGUCCACGAAUAAACUUUUGUACACCAGAUGGCAUUGUCUCCCCGAGAACUUGUGUCUAUUAUCAGAAAUGGUUGGACUUCUGAAUGAGUCAAAUACCAAUUAAUAGUUUUGAUAUGACCCUCCCAAGUUUUCACUCUCAUCUAGCAGCUUGUGUUUGUAUUUUUGAGUUACUCUGUUGCUCAAUGUACCAUAGGUCCCUCUGCAUUAAAACGAAAACUUUCUAAGUGGGUUGACUGAAGAUGCACAGGUUAGUUGGUGAUCAUCCAUAUUACAUUAACCUAUCGUUACUACCAUUUUAUGAAUCUACAAAAAAGGUGGAAAAAGAAAGAAAAAUGAAAGCUAUUUGCUGUGCUUAUGCGCAUUCAACCUGUUCGUUGAGUAGAUUAAAGAUGUAUAUUUAAAUGAUCUCAGAUGAUUUUUAUUGCUCUGUAAGAAUCUACUGUAGUUUAUAAUAUUUUGUUGAACUUGUUCUGGUUGCCAUGAGAGCGAUGUUGUAACUGCA